AUGGUCCGAAACCUCGUUGUCUUGGGCGGCAGCUCGCAUCCACAGCUGAACGCAACCAUCUGCAGACAGCUGGGUAUUCCUCCAGUCAACGUUUUGUUGACAAAAUUUUCUGUUGGUGAGACACGCGUGGAGAUCAACGAGUCGAUUCGAGGAAAAGAUGUCUACAUCAUCCAAUCUGGUGGAGGGAAGGUGAACGACCACUUGAUGGAGCUUUUUAUCACCAUAUCGGCGUGUAAGACUGCCUCUGCUAAGCGAGUCACUGCCGUCCUCCCUCUCUUCCCUUACUCUCGCCAAAGCGAUAUCCCAUACAACAAAGCUGGGGCACCUCUUAUAAAAUCAUCUACUGUCGCCAAACCCGAAGCCAGCAACGCCUACACCUUCGAAAGCACCCCGCCUACCCCGCCGGCUGGAAAUAUAGAAAGCGUUGGGCUUCAGAACGGAAUAGAGGGCCUUCACAAGGGACUGGCUCAGGUCCAGCUGAACGAUCUUGAGAAUGCCGGCUCUCUCAACAAGGCAGCGCGGUUAUCCCACUAUGUUAACGGUAUAAAACGUAGUGAUACCUUGGACUCUCUAAAGUCUGAAAACGGCCACCACCGUAUUCCCACCAGUCACAGUGAUGAAACGGCCAGCAAUGCCUCCAAUACCUCGAAGAUGAGUUCAUUUCAGCCCCGCCCUGGCUACCGACAGUGGGUUGCUCAGGCCGGAACCUUGGUGGCUGACCUGCUCACCUGUGCCGGCGCAGACCAUAUCAUCACUAUGGAUUUGCACGACCCACAGUACCAAGGGUUCUUCGACAUCCCUGUCGACAACCUCUACGGACGUCCUCUCCUCAAGAGAUACAUUCAACAAAACAUUCCAGAUUUCCGCGAAGCAGUGAUCGUCAGCCCCGAUGCCGGAGGCGCUAAGCGAGCAACUGCCAUCGCAGACUCUCUGGGCAUGGAGUUUGCUCUUAUUCACAAGGAGCGACGUCCAACCAAAAUCACCGAUCGCCAGAACGCCACCAUGAUGUUGGUCGGAGACAUCAAAGACCGGACAGCCAUCCUUAUCGAUGACCUUGCCGACACCUCCAAUACUAUAACCCGUGCAGCAAAGCUAUUGAAGAAAGAAGGCGCUUCAAAAGUCUAUGCCUUGGUCACGCAUGGUAUUUUCAGCGGCGAUGCCAUUGACAGAAUAAAUGCGAGCGCCCUGGACAAGGUCGUCGUCACAAAUACAGUUGCUCAGGAAAAUAACCUAAAACGAUGUCCUAAAUUGGAGAUCUUGGAAGUUGGCCAGGUCUUUGCUGAGGCAAUCCGUCGUGUCCACCAUGGUGAAAGUAUCAGUGUGCUGUUCCAAUAUGACUAA